AUGACUCUUUCUGAUGACGAGGAAUGUUUAAACAAGCUGAGAAGCUCCCUGCUUUGCAAGAAUAUCGGACUGUUAAAGUUUAAAUCCAGUAGAACGCUGAAGAUCGACUAUGUUGAAGCUCUUCUCAACUGGCGUUGUGCAAAGCCUCUAGCUGCCCCUCGAGAAGAACAUCUAUUUGUGGUGGCAGAUGUCCUUGGACAUAUCCACGACGUCAUCCAGGAUACAUCUGUCCCCAGUUGGCUUGGUUCAGUUCCCAGUAAUUUUGGAGAGGUAUCUGCUGGGACGAUUAAAGCUGAUGAGUGGCAAUUGCUUGUCAUGGUCUACCUCCCAUUGCCCUUCUGA